AUGUUGAAGGAAGAAGACCCGAUGAUUGAGCUCCUGCGCGAGUGGAUCAUGGCGCCUCUAGACGACGCCACGGAGCUGCGCGGGUCCGUCCUGAACGUCUUUGACUUCAUGAGCGAACUCAUUGCCGAGCACGUCGCUCGUCCCGAGAACAGUCGCUUACGCAAGUUUCUACCGAAACUCACCCAGCUCUUCCUCCCGCUCGACUUGACCACCGCAGCCCUCAAGUACGAUGCCAGCACGCACUUUCUCGCGCGGAAGCGCGUGCCGCCGACGUUUCGAGAGCUCCGGCAUGUCCUGAAUCUGGCUACGACGAACGCAAUUGCUGGGAAGCUGAAGCUCGUGACAUUUGAUGCUGAUGAUACGAUCUACGAAGACGGUGGCAGCAUCCGGCAAACGUCAAGGAUGGUGCAGGUUAUUGUGGAGCUACUGCAGCGAGGGAUUGUCGUGUCCCUUGUCACAGCUGCUGGGUACCCUGGAAACCCUGGCCGCUAUGAACAGCGGCUUCGUGGCAUUUUAGAUGCUCUGGCAGAGCUGUCGAGUGAGGAACGAGCCCGUUUUCUCGUCAUGGGCGGCGAGUGCAAUUAUUUGUUUGAGACGUAUACACACAAGACGUCUGGGGUCGUUGGCUUGCGGGAGAUUCAAGGUGCCGUGUGGAAAGAUGGACGGGGAGAGCGCUGGCCCAAGGACGAAGUCACGGCGCUGCUGGAUGCUGCCGAGACGGUGUUGCAAGACACGGUGCAAGCACUGCACUUAUCGGCACAAAUUCUGAGGAAAGAGCGAGCGAUUGGAAUUAUCAACACGUCGGACAAGCGCAUUCGGUACGAGAAUUUAGAAGAGAUUAGUCUCACGCUCCAGCAUGAGCUGCGUGACUUUCGAGUCCCGUUUUGUGCGUUCAAUGGCGGCAAUGACGUGUGGGUCGACAUUGGGCAUAAGGCAUUGGGCAUCCAAGCGCUGCAGAAGUACGUGUUUCGCUUUUUGCCUACAGAACUGCACGAUAGUGAAGAGCUGCGCAUUAUUCAAGGCCAAGAGUGUCUUCAUGUCGGAGAUCGCUUUACCACGACGGGUAAUGACACCCGAUCACGAGACGCUGCAACGACGAUCUGGGUCUCGAAUCCUCAGGAGACUGUGCGCAUUAUGACGAUUUUGCUACAGACGAUUGACUCGGUGCGCGAGCAGAAGAAGGCGCGAAAAGAAGAGAAAGAGAAGGCGAAGAAGGAAAAGAAGGCCAAAGCGUUCGCAAGUGUCGUAGCUGCGGCAGUGCUCAGCGAUGAAGGAAUCUACAAUUCAUUGGAAGGGAUCGACGCGACUGUCUCGAGUGAUGGCGAAAGCAGUGGCAGCAGUGACGAGCUGGAGACUACAGUCCAGGCAGCAAUUCAAGCUGCGACAACCGCAUCUCUGGUCGAGUAA